AAGGAGGAAAGGCAUCACGGGCUGAGGGAACAGCUUGGGCAGAGACUCGGGGGUGGGAGGGAGCAUAGACGUUUGGGGAGCUGCUAGGACUUCAGUCUGGCUGGAGUAUAGAGGGGGGAGGUAGGCAGGGCUGGAUUGGGGCUUAGUCACUGAGAUAAGUUUGGACUGAGUCAGUGGGAGCGAUUGAUGGAUUGUGAGGAAGGGAGGGAUACACAACACAGCUGGUGUGGAAAGGGGCAAGAUUGCAAGUCGGAAGACACUUAGGGAACAGUAACGUUGCCUGAGGGGUGGCACACUAGAGCCGAGGAAUCAGAGAUAAUAGAUACAUAUGGAGAGGCAUUUUGAGAGCAAGAUCAACAAGUCUUGGAAAAUUCUCGAAAGACCAACAGAUACUGAUGGUCCUGAGAUGGGGAUGGGUGGGGAAAGUCGCAUUUGGGAAACAGGAGAGUGUAGUCCUAAUGAAUUAAUCCCCACCAUCCAGUGGCGGUCCCUCCCCUCAUCCCAACCACCUCUGGUUGUCCCUCCCGGUGUUUUUGUGUUCCCCACAGCCCCUCCCACCACCUUGUCACCUCUUCCUCCUGUGCUUGUCCAGGCCUCCUCUAGCCCGUGGAAUCCAACCCCGGCUCCCGUCAGCAGUCCUUCCCUGCUCCUCCCCAUCCCUGCCAUCGUGUUCAUCGCUGUGGGUAUCUAUUUGUUGCUGCUCGGCGUCGUGCUGCUGACUAGGCACUGCCUGCUGGCCCAGGGCUGCUGUGCCGACUGCAGCUCCCCCUGCAGGAAGCAAGGGGCCUCUAGGCCCCAGGACUAUUGCUGGACCUGUGCAGAAGCCUGCGACUUCCCUCUGCCCAGCCCAGCCCACUGCCUGGAUGCCUGCUGCCCCCAGCCCACGGAAGCUGGUUGGGCCCCUCGCUGUCCUCGCUGCUGUCCGCUCUGCGACUGUGCCUGCGCGUGCCAGCUGCCUGACUGCCAGAGCCUCAACUGUCUCUGCUUUGAGAUCAAGCUCCGAUGAGGACCCGGAGUCCUUGCCCCUUGGAGAGUGGCCAACCUCCAGGGCCCCCACUCCCUGUUCCCUGACGGGGCCUCCAGGCACCUUCUCCAGGCCCCUGGAACCACAUAUGGCCUGCCCAGCUCAUUGGGCUGUGCAGAGCCUGGCUCCCAGCAGAGCAGGACUCAGAGAGCCCCCGGCCAUUUGGACUGUCCUUUGGAGGGCCAGGAGGGAGAGGGCCUAGCACUCUGGCAGGGGACCCCACCUGCCUAUCCUCCUCUCCAUGUAAACCGUUAUCAUUGAAGGUGAGGGUGGGAGACACUGCUCACCACAGACCAUCUAUGGGACAAACUUGAACCUGGAGUAUGAGGAUAUAGGGCUGCCCCAGCCACACCUUGGCUGUGGAUUCUUGGUUAUCUUGAGGUGAGUAUCGUGCCUGCAUCUGCACUCCCGCCAAAGGAAUGGUCUCCCCAGAAUCAGAAAAGCCUUCUUCAGGGCCCAGAAGGGAGGGAGGAUAGAGAAGGAGGCCUGGAGGGCCACAG